AAUACAACAAAAAUGCAAUCUCAACAACAAAAAGUAGGAAUGGGAAUACCUGCUGAUCGUUCUGCUCGUUCAAUUUUUGUUGGAAAUAUUUCAUAUGAUGUUAAUGAAGAGGAAAUUAAAAAAAUAUUUUCUGCGUGUGGACAAAUCAUUGGUUUUCGUUUAAUGUAUGAUAGAGACACGGGAAGGCCUAAAGGUUUUGGUUUUUGUGAAUUUACGGAUGUGCAACAUGCUGAGGCUGCUAUACGGAAUUUUAAUGGUUAUGAAUUACACGGAAGACAGUUGAGGGUGGAUUCGGCGACGGGAAAUGAAUCUGAGCAACAACAACAAUUCCAACAAUUUCAAAUUCCAGUAAACCCACCCCAACCAGUUAUACCCAUUCCUGAAGAAAAUCCUUAUGGACCAGAACCCGAACCUGGAAAAGCUCCGGAAGCCAUUGCUCGAACUGUUGCUUCUAUGCCGCCUGAAAAAAUGUUUGAAUUAAUGAGGUCGAUGAAGGAGACUGUUAAUAAUAAUCCGCAAAUGGCUAGGCAACUUCUUAUUGAAAAUCCACAACUUGCUUAUGCUCUUUUACAGGCCCAAGUAGUUAUGCGCGUUGUAGACCCAAAAGUAGCUUAUUCAAUGCUUCAUCGAGAACAGGCCCAAACACUUUCAGCAUCAUCAGCAGCCUUACAACAACAUUCCCAAUUUCCAGGGCAACAACAACCACCUUCUUCCCAACAACAAUUUCAACCACAAAAUCUUCCUCCACAAUUCAAUAUGCCUCCACCGCCAGUUAUUGCUGCAGCUGGAGGACAAUUUCACCAAUUUCCUCCACAAAAUGCUAUGGGAAUGGGUACAAAUGUUUUGCAACAACAACCACCAACACAUGGAGGAUUUCAAUCGAAACAACAAAACGUUCAGCAGAUUCAACAACCACAAAUCCAACAUACUCAAACUUCACCUCAACAACCAAUCCCUCCACAACAGCAACAAGUACAAUCUUCUCAAGAUAAUUUGGAUGAGGAACAACAAGCACAAAUGCUUGUUCGUGUAUUACAAUUAACUGAUGAACAAAUAAGAAUGUUACCACCAACUGAACGUGCUCAAGUAAUUGAAUUACGUAAUCAAUUAAGAAAUGCUGGGGCAACUGCUUGA